CGCUUGAUAACACACAUCACUUAAAAGUUAGGAUUUUUCCCCACGUUUUUCAAUUAAAUAUCUAUUUGUGUCAAGCCAUUUUUAAGUUCUAGUUAAGUUUUAAGUUAGUCUAAACUGUAAGUCCUGAUAGGAUUUUGAGUUUUUGCACUGUUCAAAAUAAAUGUAUGAUACAGGCUGUAUUGGAGCACAUUAGGGACUAGUGCUACUUGGUGUUUUAUCCAGCAAUGACUACUGAGCUAAAAUUGAUAGUUAGCAUUAUUGAGUUUUUAUUUGACACCCUCAUCACUCCACAACGCUAUGUUAUGUUAAAGCCUGUAUGAAAAACACGUUAGCCACGCAUCGAAAGCGGUCUUAAUUAAUUGAAACCUAGCCCUCCGCAGUGCUAACGUAAGGUGAGCUAGUAGUGACAGUAACGUUAAUCUUAUAUAUUAGCGCUUAGCGCUCUUUAUUAGCGCUUAGCGCUCUACUGCUUUAAGAUGGCGGCUGUUUGCUAACGCUGCCCAGACGCGGCCUAGUCUUUCACUGUGCAUCUAGUUCAACAUACAUGUGAUCUCUAUGAGACGCACCAGAUGCUACCUGUUACCAAUGUAGCAUUGUGCGGGCUAGUAUUUAGCAACGUCGGCGUCGUUUGUGGCGGCUGUCGGCUGCGGUAAGUUUUUUUUUUUUUCCCCUUCUUCCUCUCCGCACGUGACAGCGCGUUGUCCCGCAUUAAAAGUAGUCCUAGCAAAACGUGAUGCUUAGAGCUGUCAAAAUAAACGAUUACUCGAGGUGAAUAAAAUUACUCGGAUCAGUUUUUAAACUCGAGUUACUCGAGUUGCUCGAGUAUUCGUUUCAGCUCUACUAUAUAUUAAUAAUUGUCAAAAAAUCAGGGCUGAUACAUAACACUUCAAGUUCUAUUGCUCAAUUUCUUCGCAAAUAAUAGCUCAUCUAUAGCCAACGGACUCUUACAGUGAAUAUAUGACUAAUUCACUUUUUUUUUUAAUAAUUCUUGUACACAGGAUGGAGGACCUAGGAGACUUCCUGAGACAAAGAAAUGUUCCUGAAGAAACAAUAGAGGCAUUGGAGCGUGAGAAGAUUGACGCCAGCACAAUUCAGCUCAUGGCAGAUGAAGAAUUGAAGACCUUUUUACCGUCCUAUGGUGAUCGUCUCGCAGUGUUAGGAUUUAGUAGACGGAAAGAAAGCGGGCAUUAUAACACACGCAAGUCCAAGCUUUUUGAGCGCCUGAAGAGUAAAUUGGCCAAACGAAACUCACAAUCUUAUGAUGAGGGAAGCAGUACAAGCCAGGAGGACUGUACGCCCCCAAAUCUGAAGAAAACUGCUCAAAAGGCUAUGCGAAAAAUAGAACUCGGAUGGAUGCAUUAUGAUGAACAGAAUAAGUCUUUCAAGAAGGUAAGAGCCACAGGAGGAGGAGGAACCAGAAAAUUAAGCAUUUCAAAGGAUGCUCAGAAGAGUGAAAUAAUGCAGCAAGCAGUUGAGUUGUUCUUCCCAGGUGGGAAAAAUAGACUGGGGCCUUUAACAGAUUUUGAAUUGGAUCUAAAAAACUAUGAAGAGGUCACAGUUGACUCUGAAAUCAGUGUUGGACAGUUAUACACAGACACAAAAAUUCCUCUUCUGCGGUUUUAUUUGACAACACAAAGAAAAGAAAAGGAGAAUUUAUUGAGUGAACUUCGAAGUUCAGCUUCAACUUUUGAAAGACAACAGAUGUCUCAGAAUCAUUCUUCCACUUCUUUUCUCACUUCUGCUUCUGUUGCAGCAGAUCUAUCACCUGCUUCAUUCGAAAUGGUCCACUCUGAUGUCAUAUACCUUGAAAGCACUGAAAAUAAUAGUGUGUCAUUACUUUCCAUGCAGGAUGGAAUUGAGAAUUCAUUUGAGACCAGCAACAUUGUAUUUAUGGGAGAGGUCUCUGAAAAUGAGCCCGUGAACUUGGAUGACACGCUUCCUGUUUCACCAACAGCAUCAACAACGCCAUACAGCGAGUCAGUAAAGAAAAUACUGGUUGUUCACAGAGGUCAGGUACUACAAGAACUCAUAGCUCAGUUCUCUGAUGCUGGCCUUCAAGAGGCUGAUGUUAAAAUUCAGCUUGUACUGCCAGAUGGAACACCUGAGAUGGGUUAUGAUGAGGGAGGAGUUGUGAGAGAUUGCCUUUCUGAAUUCUGGUCAGAUUUUUACAAUCAGUGCACAACAGGAACAUCAUUUAAAGUUCCUUUCUUGAGACAUGAUUUUGGAGAGAUGCAGUGGGAAAGUGUUGGCCGAAUAAUAUCUUUUGGAUGGGCAAGGGAGAAAUACCUUCCCAUAAAAAUAGCGCCUGUCAUAUUAGAACAAGCUGCACUGGGAUAUGUGAAGAGUGAUAUUGUGGAGAAUUUCCUCAAUUACAUGCCUGAACAUGAGCGUGUGGUGUUUGAAACCUGGAGAUCGGACUUUAAGAGUGUCGACCAAGAAGAUCUUAUGGAAAUCUUGGACAACCACAGUUGCAGACGGCUCCCAACAGAAAUCAAUGCAAAUGACAUCAUCCACGAGCUUGCACAUAAAACGCUGGUUCAAGAGCCAGCCUAUGUCAUCGAACAAUGGACAAAAUCACUUUGCACAUCUGGGUGCAACUUUCAUGAUCUCACAACAAUGUAUGAAGCACUGACACCAACUGUGAGAAAGAUUGUUAAGUCCCUCGCAUUCCCUGAUGUAUUGAAUAUUCAAGAGAAGGCAGUUCAAAAGUUCCUAACCAGUUACUUAAGAAAUGCCGAUACACAACAUCUGUGUUGGUUCCUCAGAUUCUGCACAGGAUCAGAUCUGUUCCUGGAGAAGAACAUUAUCAUAAGCUUUUCCAAAGUGGAAGGUUUUCAGAGAAGACCGGUUGCCCAUACAUGUGGCUGCGUGCUUGAAUUGUCAAUCCAUUAUGACAGCCUACCUGACUUUAGUGCGGAGAUGAACAGAGUCCUGGAGUCCAAUGUAUGGGUAAUGGACAUAGUUUAAGUCCAUGAAGCAUAGGGUGUUCACAACCCAAGUUUGAUGUAUGUAGGUUUAUUUCAUAGUGUACGCUAUAUUAGACGGGGGUAAAGUUUACAUGGCAGGUUUUGGGUGAGAUAUUUUUGUAUUGUUUGUCAGGUUGUUUUUUGUCACUUUUGGAAAAGAGUAUUUAUAGGAGAAACUUUAUUUUUUAUAUACGGUAAACUAUCUUAUUAUUUUGAGCUCAAUAUUUAUUUUAAGUUAUUACAAUAAUAUUUUCAUUUCACUUGUAUUUUUUUGCAAAGACAUGCUCACUGUUAAAUCAAUGUUACAAUGUUAAGCUUUUGAAAAUGUUCAUAAUGUUUAAAGCUGUUUUAUUGUAGUAGAUUACACUGUUUUAAGGAUCUCAAAAAAGAAAAGAAGCAAAUGUUUUAAUGCUCUGUACUCCUGACUGACUUGAUGCAGAUAUUAUUGGCACUGUUGUUACAAAGCUAUAUUUUACUAUGUUUUUGUUUUUGUAAAUA